GUUCAGGCAAGUCGCACCGCCGCAGCAACUUUUACCUCCGUGUCCGGACCUAAGUGAUCGUCUGAGGCGUUUCCUCGACAGAUGCACCAACGCCACACAUGGUCGACGCCGACUCCUGAAACCUGAAAUGUGGACGGGACUCACCUGAGACCUGGACUACCGUAGGUUUAGAAGAAAGUCACCUCCGAAACGGGCUUCUUAUUUGGGAGUACUGCCCGUCGUUCGGUUAAAAUGGGCGCACUGUGGACGAGCUGCAUUUUCCUCCUGGCAUGUUGCUGUGGAUCAGGGUCUGGAAACUCCAGCAGAUGCGACGAAGUGCGCAAAGUUUUCCUACUCAGGGAAAUUGGACCAAAUCAGUUAUUGCCUUUAAGUCCCAGAUCAGGUUCAGACCUACAGGUGUGCAUGUCCAAGAACUUGACCUGCUGCACCAAAAAGAUGGAGGAAAAGUACCAGGUGGCCGCCCGGAGAGACAUCCAGAACCUUCUCCAGAUGUCCAGCACCAGCCUUAAGUUUCUCAUCUCGCGCAACGUGGCUACUUUUCAAGAGACCUUUGAGAUUCUAAUGAGGCAGGCGGAGAAUCACACUAAUGCCAUCCUUCGGGAGUCGUACCGCAGCAUGGCUGGUCAGGCUGUGGGCCCUGUGCGGGAACUCUUCACCGACAUUGGUCUCUUCCUGCUGGGGUCUGAGCUCAGCGUGGAUGAGUUAGUUCGACGAUUCUUCGACGCUCUGUUCCCACUGGUCUACAAUCACCACAUCAACCCAGGUCUCAGCGACAGAUCACCAGGCUACGCUGAGUGUGUGAGGUCAUCAAGACGUGACGUGAGACCGUUUGGUGGGGCGCCCAGCCUCCUGGCUGAUCAGAUUGCCCGCUCUGGGGUCUCUGGCAAGCUUCUUAUUCAGGCACUACACCUCGGCAUCGAGGUCAUUAAUACUACAGACCACUUACAGCUGAGCCGCGAGUGCAGACGGGCCCUUCUCAAGAUGCAUUACUGUCCUCACUGUCAGGGCUUAACCCAGUCCAAACCCUGCAUGGGUUACUGCCUCAACGUGAUGCGGGGCUGUUUGGCAAGCAUGGCCGAGAUUGACACCCACUGGAGGGAGUUUGUUCGCUCGCUGGAGGGCCUGUCAGCGCGGAUGCACGGACCUCAGGAUUUAGAGCAAGUGCUUCUGGGAGUUCCCACGCUGCUUCAUGAUGCUGUCGGACACGCCCAGAAAAAUGGAGCCCGCCUCUCAGCACAGGUGCAUAAACUUUGUGGCCCACUGAGCAGGAAGCCUGCACAGUCCUUCAGCAUCCAGCCCAGCAACAGCAGAGAAUCCAUCCCAAUGAAGGCUCCCUUCAGAGUGUCUGGAGACUCGCUUGCUGUCAGGAGAAGGGACUUUCUGAACAGUCUACGUCACUAUCGUACCUACUACGGUGGCCUGGCAGAUCAACUGUGUGUGAGUGAGCUGGUCUUUGGUGACGGGCUGUCCUGCUGGAAUGGAACUGACAUUGUAAAAAGCUACACCCUCCGUGUGGUCGGCAAUGGGAUUAAAGCUCAGAGUGCCAACCCUGAAGUCAAGGUGAAGGAGGCAGACCCUGUGAUAAAUCAAAUCAUUGACAAACUGAAACACAUCAAUCAGCUAUUGCAGGGAAAGUCCAUUCCUAAACUGGGGUCACUGGACCAGAUUGAAACAGGCAGUGGAGACGUGGAGGGACGUUACAGCGGCGACUGUGAUGAUGAGGACGGUUGUGGUGGUUCAGGUGUAGGUGAAGUUAAGAGGACAGUCUCCAGAGUCUCCAAAAUGAGUCCGGAUGUGACCGGUGAUCAAAAACAUCACCAUCAUUAUCAUCAUCAUCCACCUGUCGAGGAUUCAGAAAUGGAGGGCAGAUCCAGGGGCCUCGGACUGACAGGAGCCAUCUGGGUCUUGAUAUUGCCUUGUUUACAUAUGCUCCUGGCCUUGUAACAGCUGCCUUUUUGCAGCAUGAAACUUUCAAGACUUGGUUUCAAGCUUCUUAAUCCAGAAAUGAAAGGGCCAGUGGACAUAACUGGCUCCAGUAUGUAAUGGAGCACCACUUCCACACAGCGCAGAACACAGUAGGAGUGAAUUCAUUGUGUGGAAAUGACAAGAUACUGUGGCUUCUGUAAGACAGCAUAUGGUUCAGCUUUGCUAAUAUUAACUGGUUCUUUUUUUUAUCAGUUACCUGGCAUUCAUUAACACUAAUAAUGACCUACUUAUAACAGCCAAUUUCGGAAAUAACUACAGGGAAAGUUUUAAAAUUUUGGUUUUAAUUUAAUUGUAUUUCUGCACAUAAUAUAUAUGACCUGUAGAUAUAUAUAAGCAUUAAUAUGCUUCUGCAUAUCACACUUUAAUGCAUUCUGCACAGUACGGGUUGUACUUCUUUUAAAUGGGAUUUUACAACUGCUGUGAAAGGAGGCAAGUAACCUAAACGGUUAGUUUAAGUGUUGGAUUUGAAACUUAAAAAAAAAUCCCAGUCUCCACAGCUCUUUGCAUUUGCAAUAUUUGUACAAGCAUACAACAUUUGUACAUUAAAAUGGCCUGUUAUUCUUA